UCGUUUAUUAACUCACAAAACAUUAAAACGAACGCAUCCAAAGUAAAGCUGAAUCGCUUGGCCUUUUCGCACCAUCCAUCACUAAAAAAUAUGGCUCAAGACUCUGCCUCUGAUCUUCUCUGCUUGGAUGAUUCUCUCCUCUCAGCUCUGUUUCACGAGGAUGAAGACGAGGAUCACGCCCCUUUUACCGAUGAUAAAUUAGCCCAACGCUUGCAGUUUCAGGAAACCCUCUACUCCUCCUUGAUCACUUCCCAAAACCCACAAAAUAAUCCGUCGUCGUCGUCAUCUUCUUCUUCUUCUUUGCUCAUUUUACCUUUAUCUGCAUCAUCGUCUUCUCCUUUGAAAAUGGCUGACACUUGCCCUACCCCACAAGUCGAGCAAGUGAAAUCCUCAAAUGAAGCGUGUGAAUCGUCGCAAGUCAUCUGUGAGAUCUGUGCAGAAACUAAAGAGACUUCCCAGAUGUUCAGAAAUCAGAGAUGCCACCACUCGUUUUGCUCUGAUUGUGUUACAAAACAAGUGGCCACAAAAAUUCAGGACAACAUAGCAGUAGUUUCGUGUCCUGGUUUGGAUUGUAAAAGUGAUCUUGAGCUUGAUGCUUGUCGGCCAUGGCUUCCCAAGGACUUGCUUGACAGGUGGGAUCAGGCUUUGUGUGAAGGUCUGUUUCUGGCAGCCCCUAAAUAUUACUGUCCCUUUAAGGAUUGUUCAGCUAUGUUGCUAAUUGAGAAUGGGGAAGAAGAUCAACAAGCUAUAAGGGAAGCGGAGUGCCCUGUUUGCCACAGACUGUUCUGUGCAAGAUGUAAUGUGGCAUGGCAUCCUGGAGUUGAAUGUGAGGAAUUUCAGAAUAUGAAUGAGAAUGAGAGAGUUAGGGAAGAUCUGAUUGUGAGAGAGAUUGCUAAAGAGAAGAAAUGGAGAAGGUGUCCCCAGUGUAGGUUCUUUGUGGAAAAGAUUGAUGGAUGCGUGCACAUCACUUGCAGGUGCCACUAUGAGUUUUGCUAUGCGUGUGGAGAACAAUGGACUUCUUCUCACGGAGGCUGCCAAACAAAUUAGAUUAUUUAAUGUCAUGUUUCGUGACGAGCAUAUCUCCUUAUCAUUUAAUGUCUUGUUUGUAUUGCAGCUAAGAAAAUGAUAGACUUGAUAGGUUGAUCUUUGCAAGACAUCUGUUCUAAAGUUACUUGAGAAUUUUGAGGUUCGUGCCUGUAGGCAAUAGUGUUUUUCACUAGAUGACUAUAGGAUUUGUCUAGAGCUUUGAAGAACAAGGGACACUGGGACUGUAUGUUCAACUUCAAAAUGUGUUUACGUUUUCCAAAUCA